AUGGAGGACUCCGGUAAAAAGAAUAAGAGGGAGGGUAAAAAGAACAAGUCAAAGGAGAAUGGAGAAUUUGAAGAAACUGAACAAACUAAAAAAAUUGUACAAACUGAACAAACUGAACAAACUGAACAAACUGAACAAACUGAACAAACUGAACAAACUGAACAAACUGAACAAACUGAACAAACUGAACAAACUGAACAAACUGAACAAAUUGAACAAACUGAACAAACUGAACAAACUGAGCAGACUGAACAAACUGAACAAACUGAACAAACUGGAAAAACUGGAAAAACUGGACAGACUGAACAAACUGAACAAACUGAACAAAUUGAACAGACUGAACGAACUGAACAGACUGAACAGACUCAAUAA